ACAAUGGUGGCAGCCGCACGUUGCACUCCAAAACGGAGACGACACCGUCGCCCACUAACAAUACUGGCAAUGGACACCCAGAGUAUAUCGCAUAUGCCCUCGUCCCUGUGUUCUUCAUCAUGGGUCUCUUCGGCGUCCUCAUCUGCCACCUGCUCAAGAAGAAAGGCUAUCGUUGUACAACAGAAGCCGAGCAAGAUGUGGAAGAGGAAAAAGUUGAAAAGAUAGAGUUGAAUGACAGUGUAAAUGAAAACAGUGACACCGUUGGGCAGAUUGUUCACUACAUCAUGAAAAAUGAAGCAAACGUUGAUGUUUUAAAGGCAAUGGUAGCAGAUAACAGCCUGGGUGACCCUGAAAGCCCUGUGACGCCCAGCACUCCUGGGAGCCCACCUGUGAGUCCCGGGCCCUUGUCGCCAGGAGGCACCCCCGGGAAGCACAUCUGUGGCCACCAUCUGCACACAGUGGGCGGUGCUGUCGAGAGGGACGUGUGUCAUCGGUGUAGGCACAAACGGUGGCACUUCAUAAGACCUACCAACAAAUCCAAACAGGGCCACGCGAGGCGUCAGGGAGAGGUCACCGUCCUCUCUGUUGGAAGGUUUAGAGUGACAAAAGUGGAACACAAGUCAAACCAGAAGGAGCGGAGAAGUUUGAUGUCAGUUAGUGGGACUGACGGCGUCAAUGGGGAGGUGCCUGUGACACCUGUGAGGGGAGAACGGAGUGACACAGAGUAGCAGGUAAACUGUGAUUUGAAAAAGCCUGGAGCAAACAAACCUAUGUUUUUUCCUUCAAUUGAGUUGGAAACCAGUUUUCUUUGAUGUGCCCCAGUAGGAGUAUUACUCUUCCAAGUAAAUAUUUUGAAGUGAUUUAUAAAGCAAAAGUGGAUGCUUCUUGGCUGGGCAAUCUUCAUUUUGAAUGAUAGUGCUCAGAAAAGAAAAAAGGCUUGUGAUAAUUUGCUAUUGGCUUAGCUUUCAUCUGACUCUUUUCUUUCUGUUCUGGCUUGGGUAGCAUUCACCCCUUUCACGUUUCUUAUUAUGUGUAAGAAGGCGAGUGCACAGACUCUGGAGUGAUUAUGCUCUGGAAACUCCAGUCAAACUUCCAGAGCCUGGACGGAAGGCAGAAGAGGUCACACUGGCAAAGGGAGGGGAGGGUGGGGCGUGGGGAGGUAGGCUGGCUGGGGUCUUGAAGGUGCAGGAGAGAGGCAAGGUUGAACCUGAGCCCAGGAGUCAAGCGGGGAUGUGGCUGGCGCGGCCGAGUUGGGGAGAGAAGUGCCGUGUAAGUGAAGUUUCUCCGCUAAUCUGCCCAGGCUCGGAGGGGUUGAGGAUGAUCUGGAAGAGUAGUGCUCUUGAAAUCUCUAAGACACAGGGGCUCUGAGAGCUGCCAAUGUUCGUUCUCGCAGUCUUGCAUUUGGGAACGAUCUGGCCCCUUCCCCUGAGUUUAGAAGCCAAUAGGGCUUUCUUUAAAGAAGAGGAACAAGGGUGACGGGGGGGUGCUCAGUAUGUUACAUCUGACUCUUGAUUUUGGCUCAGGUCAUGAUCUCACAGUUUGUGGAUUCGAGCCCCGAGUUGGCCUCUGCACUAACAGUGCAGAGCCUGCUUGGGAUUCUCUUUCUGCCUCUCUCUCUGCCCCUCCCCUGCUGGUGGGUGCAUGUGUGCAUGCGCGCUCUCUCUCUCUCUCUCUCUCUCUCUCUCUCUCAGUAAAUAAAUAAAUAAAUAAAUAAACAAACAAACUUUAAAAAUAAAGAAAGAAGAGCAGAAAAGUCUAUCUCUGACUUCUCAGCCAGUUACUGGUGCCUUGGGGAGGGAACCAAGAGGGAUUUAAGAAAAGGAAGAGAAUGAUGAAGACAGUAAAAGCAGCUGAUGUCGAUUCAGUAUUCUAGUCGUCUGGACAUUGUAUUGAUUGAUACAGAUCUCACGUGUCACCAUUAUAAACAUCUCUAAUGGGAUGGACAUCAUUUUCCCAGUUUUAUAGACGAGAGAGCCAGUGAAUGGAAAGGGUAAGUUACAUGUUAAGGGUCACUUAACUGGAAGGAGGAGCUGAUUUGAACCUAGGCUCUGACUACAAGACCAACUAUAUUCUUCUACUGUCCUAAGAUGCUUUUACUAAGAGGCACCCCUAGACCCAUGAAUGGAGGGCAUUUCCACAGUGAUCCAGAACCUUGUGUCCUAAUAUGGUAGCCACUAAUCACCUGUGGCUACUUAAAUCUAAACUAAUCAAAAUUAAAAAUGUAGUUUUGUGGUUGCACUCGUCCACGUCUCAUGUUCAGUAGCCACAGUUGGCCAGCUAGGGCUGCCAUACUGGACAGUGCAGAUCCGGAACACUUCUGUCGUCACGGAAAGUUUUAUUGAACAGAGUGGAUGGUAUUCUCGGUAUUCGAGUCGGAAUGUGAGUGACUUUGGUAAAUAAGAGGUAAAUCUGAUUAAAGUCGUGAGGACUUUAAUCCUGAGAAGAGAAGCACCUGGCUGUCCACGUGUAAGGUGAGGAAGGCCCAGCCCUCUCAGCAGCACAGAAAGCUAUGGGUCGUGACGACAGUUUGCCCUUGAGUCCUCAGCCUGGCCAUGUGUCGACCCUUGGAGCAGACCCCGUGUAAGAAGACACUGGUCUCCCUGAGGCAGGAAGUGCAGUGUGAUCCCGUGUCAGGCUCAGUCUUGGCCCGACUGCCUGGAGAGAGGGGCACUUGAGAUGUGAGAAGGUUUCAAGAAUUAGGAUUGCUCAGAUGGUUUUCUUGGCCCAAAUUCUGCCUGUAUCUGACCACGAGAAUUUGGUCCAAUCAUCUGAAGUCCUGACCACAUCUGAUUUACAGUUUGAUAUUCUCUUCAAAGUGCACAAUCAUCCACCAGGGUUUCGUAAGAGAACAUUGGAUUUGACCAGCAGACGUGGUCUCACAUCCUAGCUUCACCUCGUGGAAAUUGUACUUAACUCCCAUGUAAACCCACUUUCCUUGAAUAUGACAUAAGGACAUUAAAUUCAUUGAUUUAAGGCAAGUGCAACAGAGUCUGGCGUGUAAUUGGCUCUUCUUACUAGAGGGUAAUCAUAUUGGACUAAGCCAUCCAAAGCCAACAACGAGCUCAUGAAUGACCUUAGAAAGGGGAUGUGUUUUCCGAGCCUUCUAUUGUAAUUAGUUUUGAAAUUAAAAAUAAAAAGUUUUAUUAUGGAAAUUUUCAAACAAACGCAGAAGUGGAGAGAAUUAUAUCAUGAAUGCUCAUGAGCCAUUGAGUAACUUAAAUACCUGUUGUAUAUCCAGUAUUUACUAUGUACCUGACAUGCUUUGAAAGGCACAUCGCACAUAUUCGCUGAUUUAAUCCUCACAACGCAAUAGGUAGGUGCUAGUUAGUGCCCGAUUCUGCAAAUGAAAGCACAGAGUUUAAGCGACGUGUUCAGAGUCACCAGGAAGAAGAAGGUGGAGUUUAGAGCCCCGCCCCCCUGCCAGGGUUCUGGAGUCACAGGCCUGACCUCCCAUCUGGGUCUGGGGAAAGUGGACCCUGUGGUCAGAGCCUCCUGGAGUUGGGGCCUGCUGAGUGGCCAAGUCUGAUGAAAAUGGAUUUUGAAAAAGAAGGGAAAGGAAUAGUCAUUGACAUGUAAAAAAAUUAUUCAUUAAAAUUUUUCUUGCUAGGUAUUUUAAUAUUUCUCACGCCCCCUGCUCCACCCCCCACCCCCAAAGGGUAUGUUUUGGGUAUUUAACAUCACUUGAUUUUCCAGCUAGAGAAAUCCUGACAUUUUUCCAUUUGGGCCCCAAAUCUCUGGUUCAGGACUGAAUCGGAAGGUUUGCCAGAAUAUAGCUAAUAAAGUAAGACAGGAGUGUUUUGCACCUUUCAUACAGCCUCGUAUACAGUUUUGAAUGUUUUGUUUUUUCCUGAAAAAUGCUUUCGUUUAAAUUUGGAUUUUUAGUGAAGAAAUUGAUUUAAAUAUUCACAUGUGAAAUCAUAUCUACUCCUUGGCUUGGUUCCUUUUUUUAAAAUUAGGGAUUGAUACUAGAAACUAGACUUAUAUUUAUCUCUCUCUCUCUCUCUCCUUCUCUUUUUAAAAAACAAAAUCUGUUGUUGGCAUUUCUUCUUCCCCUUAUUUUUUUCCCCCUGUUUCACUGGCCUGAGGUCUUUUUUGUAGUGAGAUCUAACUUGCUCUCUGCCUGAUUUAUUUUGGCAAUGCGGUUAAAAUGGUCUCUUUUUUUUCACAGAAAAUGUGUUUUGAUUUCUUAGAAGAAUAAGCUUUUGUUCUUUGAAGUUAAAUAAAUCAAAUUGCUUUCAGCCUCCAAAUGCCACCGCCUUGUCUUCAUUAUCACUGUUCUUUUGCUUUUUAAAAGUGAGGCUCUCGUAAGCGUUUGAUAUCACACAUUUCUGACGUUUGUGUUCCUUUUUGCAUCUUACGGUAGGAUCUUAUUGAAACAUUGAUUUGGAAAGUGUACGUAACACUUUUUUAUCAAAACAAAAAUUCAUAAUAUUACACAUGGCUUUUUAUUUUUUAAGCUCUUUUAUUAUUGGAGUGGUUCUAUUGAUUAUUUCAGGAAUUUAUUUUAGUGAUUAAAUGCUGAGUUUUAUUUAUUUUUAUUAUUUAAAAAAAUGUUUUAUUAUUACUUAUUUUUGAGAGAGAGAGUCCCAGCAUUAGCAGGGGAGGGACAGAGAGAGAACGGGGACACAGAAUCAGAAGCAGGCUCCGGGCUCCCACCUGUCAGCACAGAGCUCGACACGGGGCUCGAACUCACAGACUGCGAGGUCAUGACCCGAGCCAAAGUUGGACGCUCAACUGACUGAACCACCCAGGCGCCCCAAAAGCUGAGUUUUAAACUGUUUUUAGACUUAAUUUGAACGGUGCUGCUUCUGACUGCUUAACCCCUACGGGCUUCAGGUUCCUCAUCUUUAUAACGGGGUUGUUGUUGGACUUCAGUGAGGUAACAUAUUGUUCCUCAGUCUGUCCUUGGCACAGAGUUAGUAUUUACGAAAUAUUCACUAUCAUCAAUAAUUUUCAUCCCAUUCUUGGUUGGUCUUAUUUAUUGGCCCAUUUCUCAAGCAUCAGCUUGAGGCUCUGUGAAUCCCUUCUUACCUCUAAAGAAUAUUAGAGCGUUGGACUCUCGUGACAUUUUAAUCUAAAGAAUAUUAGAGCAUUGGACUCUCACGACAUUUUAACAGUUAAUGUUUGGCAAGUCUCUCCGGAAUUUGGGCCAUUUUCUUGUCUGUGUUAAAGAGGAUUUAGAAAUAACUAUCCCCUCCUAUUGGAGGUGGAAUCAGAAUUAGGAACAAGGCAGUUAGAAGGUUUUCCCGGCUUUAGUUCUUCGUAUCCUACAGAUCAGAGGGCGGGUUAAAUUAAGAGGUAGUGUGGACCGAGUUUUCUGUGCAAAACUGCUGUGCUGGGGCUCUGUUCUGGGAUAAAAGUCUUCUUUCUGACAAGGCUCUUUCAUGGAUCGUGCUCCCUGCCUCCUGAGCAUCAGGGCCAAUCACAAGGUCAGCUUGCCUGACCUUUGGUGCCUUCCUUUCCUCCUCCUUCCUUUUCAACUCUAUGACUGGGGUGUAGUGAAGGGUCCCCCGGGGGCCUCCCUGAUGAGGUCAGGCUGCAUUAUUUGUAGUCCUUUGCAUUGCUGUUCUUUUGUUAACUCUCCAGGCAAGGAGAGGAUGAUGAGAGACUUAAGGCACUGCCUGUUAGCUAAUAUUUUUAUCCAGAGCUUGUAAUUUUUUCAGGGCAAAAUAUACAUUUUUUUAGAAAGCAAAAAAAGUUAUCUCAGUUUUUUUUAUGUUUAUUCUUGAGAGAGAGAGAGAGAGAG